GCGGCGCUGUCCCCACCCGGGCCCGCCCCUCUGGGCGCGCGACCCGACAACGAGAACGCCGGCCCGGGAAAUGUCCUUUUCUGCCCUUGUAUCGCGGGGCGGGGGUCAGUGUCUCAAGGAGCAGGAACCGCGGCCUCAGAUGAGGGGCACUGGGCUCCAAAUCCCUCGGAACAUCGGAUCCGGGGGAGGCUCCGGGGCCUCUGGGUCAGGAGCCAGGCUCGAUCCCGCGCGGCCGAGAGGCGGCGCUGAUCCCAGGUCCCGCGAGGGCCAGCGGACCUCGGGAGGGGGCGCCCGAUCCCGCGACUCCGGCGCUGCUUCCCGGGAAGUUUCAAGUUUGAAAGCCCUGGCGGAGGGGCCGGGGCUUCCGGAACCGGAGUGGUCGAGAGGAGGGGCCGAGCUGCCCGAGCGGCGCCAUGGAAGAGGGGGCGCCGCAGCAGCCUGGGGCGGGCCAGUGGCCCCCAGGGGAUGAGAAAGAGGCGAUCCGCCGGGCCAUCCAGAAGGAGCUGAAAAUCAAGGAGGGUGUGGAGAACCUGCGGCGGGUAGCCACCGACCGCCGCCACCUGGGCCACGUGCAGCAGCUGCUGCGGUCCUCCAACCGCCGCCUGGAGCAGCUGCACGGGGAGCUGCGGGAGCUGCAUGCCCGCAUCCUGCUGCCCGGCCCCGGGCCUGGCCCGGCUGAACCUGCGGCCUCAGGACCUUGGCCGCUGGCGGAGCAGCCAAGGGCCCGACACCUGGAGGCUCUACAGAGGCAGCUGCAGGUAGAGCUGAAGGUCAAGCAGGGAGCCGAGAAUAUGACCCACACGUAUGCCAGUGGCACUCCCAAGGAGAGGAAGCUUCUGGCAGCUGCCCAGCAGAUGCUACAGGACAGCCAGCUGAAGGUGGCCCUUCUACGAAUGAAGAUCAGCAGCCUGGAGGCCAGCGGGUCCCCUGAGCCAGGUGAGGCCUUGAGAAGUGGGGAUGGGCAGAGAGCGGAGCAGGGCGUGGGCUUGAGGGCUGACCCCCUCCUCCUAGGACCGGAGCUGCUGGUGGAGGAGCUGCGGCACCGGCUACGCAUCGAGGCUGCCGUGGCCGAGGGCGCCAAGAACGUGGUGAAGCUGCUUGGUAGCCGGCGAACGCAGGACCGCAAGGUGCUAGCCGAGGCUCAGGCCCAGCUCCAGGAGUCCUCCCAGAAACUGGACCUCCUGCGGCUGGCCUUGGAGCAGCUGCUGGAGGGACUGCCUCCUGCCCACCCUCUGCGUGGCAGAGUGGCCCGGGAGCUGCGGACUGCUGUGUCUGGGAACGCCCAGCCUUCAGGGACACUCGUGAAGCCCACUGCCAUGACAGGGACGCUGCAGGUCCACCUCCUGGGCUGUGAGCAGCUGCUGACAGCUGUGCCGGGACGUUCCCCCGUGGCCGCACUGGCCGGGAACCCCUCCCAGGGCUGGCUUCGGAGCAGGGCCAAGCAGCAGCGUGGCGGAGGCGAGCUGGCCAGUGAGGUGUUGGCCGUGCUGAAGGUGGACAAUCGCAUUGUGGGCCAGACGGGCUGGGGGCCUGUGGCCAAGCAGUCCUGGGACCAGACCUUUGUCAUCCCCCUGGAGCGGGCCCGAGAGCUGGAGAUCGGGGUGCGCUGGCGGGACUGGAGGCAGCUGUGCGGCGUGGCCUUCCUGAGGCUGGAGGACUUCCUGGACAAUGCCUGUCACCAGCUCUCCCUCAGCCUGGUGCCGCAGGGGCUGCUCUUUGCCCAGGUGACCUUCUGUGACCCUGUCAUUGAGAGAAGGCCCCGGCUGCAGAGGCAGAAACGCAUUUUCUCAAAACGCAGAGGUCAGGACUUCCUGAGGGCUUCCCAGAUGAACCUCAGCAUGGCGGCCUGGGGGCGCUUGGUCAUGAGCCUGCUGCCCCCCUGCAGCUCCCCAAGCACCAUCAGCCCCCCGAAAGGGUGCUCCCAGACCCCAGCCACACCCCGGGGGGCCGCCGCCCCUGCCUCGCCCAGUAAUUUCCCGCCCAAGAAGACCCCCUUGCGAGAAGAGAUCCAAUGCCCACCCAAGCCACCGCGCCUCUACCUGCCCCAGGAGCCGACCCCCGAGGAGAUGCCGAGCACCAAACGCCCCCACAUGGAGCCCAGGACUCGACUCGAGCCAUCUCUGCCAGCCUCAGCCACCAGGAAACCUCCCCGGCUUCAGGACUUCCGCUGCUUGGCCGUGCUGGGCCGGGGCCACUUCGGAAAGGUUCUCCUGGUCCAGUUCAAGGGGACAGGCCAAUACUAUGCCAUCAAAGCGCUGAAGAAGCAGGAGGUGCUGAGCCGGGACGAGAUAGAGAGCCUGUACUGCGAGAAGCGAAUCCUGGAGGCUGUGGGCCGCAUGGGGCACCCCUUCCUACUCUCCCUCCUUGCCUGCUUCCACACCUCCAGCCACGCCUGCUUCGUGACUGAGUUCGUGCCCGGUGGCGACCUCAUGAUGCAGAUCCAUGAGGACGUCUUCCCUGAGCCCCAGGCCCGGUUCUAUCUGGCCUGUGUGGUCCUGGGCCUGCAAUUCUUACAUGAGCAGAAGAUCAUUUACAGAGACCUUAAGUUGGAUAAUCUUCUGCUGGAUGCCCAGGGUUUCCUGAAGAUCGCAGACUUUGGGCUCUGUAAGGAAGGGAUCGGCUUUGGGGACCGGACGAGCACCUUCUGUGGCACCCCGGAGUUCCUGGCCCCUGAGGUGCUGACCCAGGAGGCCUAUACGCGGGCUGUGGACUGGUGGGGGCUGGGCGUGCUGCUCUACGAGAUGCUGGUGGGCGAGUGCCCGUUUCCAGGGGACACCGAGGAGGAGGUGUUUGACUGCAUCGUCAAUGCGGAAGCCCCAUACCCGCGCUUUCUGUCGGUGCAAGGGCUUGAGCUCAUUCAGAAGCUCCUCCAGAAGUGCCCCGAGAAGCGCCUGGGGGCGGGGGAGCGGGAUGCCGAGGAGAUCAAGACACAGCCUUUCUUCAGGACCACCGACUGGCAGGCCCUGCUCACCCGAGCCGUCCGGCCCCCGUUUGUGCCCACCCUCUGCGGCCCCACAGACCUGCGCUACUUUGAGGGCGAGUUCACGGGGCUGCCGCCUGCCCUGACGCCGCCUGAUGCCCGCAGCCCCCUCACCGCCCGCCAACAGGCUGCCUUCCGGGACUUCGACUUUGUGUCCCAGCGAUUCCUGGAGCCCUGAGGGCCCCCCGGGCUCUCUGCCCCCUGCCCCUCAGACGGCUGGAGCCUCUGCUUGCCCGCCUGGGCGCCCUGGUAUUGAUGAGCCCUUGGGACUCAAGGUGGCGGCCACGGGCUGCUGUUGUGGGCUUUGCUGAGUCACCGGGCAAAGUGCUGCCUCCCCUCCCUUCUCCCGACCACCUCUCCCCUGCCCACUGAGAGACCUGGACCCGAAAGUGUGGCACAGCGGGGAGCAGUUUGGUUUGUUUUUUGAAUACUUGACUUGCUUUAUGAAUUAUUAAAUUUACAAAACUGUG